CUUAGGCUUGGACGGUCAGUGCAGCAGUAUGUUGUCCAGAAGUGUCGUUGCGACAUGUAGCUGGCACACAAGAUGCUUUGCUCGGACGCUGGCUACUGAGGUCGGAAUACUAUCACUUGCCUCAACAUCGACAGACCUCCCGCCUUCCCCCAAAAAGACACCCAGACCUAUGAUUUCAGCCGCCGUCAUCCUCAACAGAUCUCCACUUAUAACUCGUAGUCCUAGCACCUUUGAACGCGCGUAUUAUAGCUACCAAGCCCGUCUCCGACGCGCCCUUCAUAAUCCAUUCCCGUACGACUUUUAUUUUAAGGAAGGGUCCAUUCUCGAAACACGGUUUAACGUCGAGGAGCGAAAACGGGAACGACGGGUGUUUGGACCUCUAUUCGGCAUCGAUGACGAUGUAGACCAGGAGAAGGCAAAGGCGGCUCGAGCGGCGGCGGCGCAACUCGCAGAGCAGGAAGGAGAGUACGAGGAGAUGGUACCGCGGCUGCAUCCAUCGGACGUGAGUCGGGACAUCAAGAGCCUUGAUCGUAAGGGAAAGCGGAACAUCUAUCUUUUGCUGAAAACAGAGCAAGAUGUAUGGCGUUUCCCUCAGGGAGGUCUUGAGAAGAACGAGCUUCUCCACCAGGCUGCCCAGCGAGACCUCUAUGCCGAGUGUGGUCAGUAUAUGGACUCGUGGAUUGUCAGCAGAAAUCCUGUCGGUGUCUACAAGCCUCCCGUCCUGUCAAUACCCGGCCAAUUCAUACGCCCAGAGGUUACCUUUUUCUUCAAAGGUCACAUCAUGGCAGGCCAAGUACGCCCGGGGGAAGGCAUCUCUGACUUUGCUUGGCUGACAAAGCAGGAAAUCGAAGGCAAAGUAGAAAAGAACUACUGGGAUGGCGUUAAGGACAUUUUAUCUGACUACUGAAAACAUCUACAUCCUUCCAAGUUCUACUUUGGGGGUGCUGAAAUAGCUCUUCGCAUCUCAGGUCUUUUUCUGGCAUCGUCGAAAUGCCUGACGAUCACAGAGCAUUUUGUAGAUUGACAGAUAUGCUUGGAGGAAGCUUUGACAGCGUCUGAGAACAGAGUCAAACCAGCGGCACGUUCAACAGCUUC